GCGGGUGCGGGGCUGCGCGGGCAGCGGCGGCACAGGCAGAAGCGGCAGCGGCAGGGUUUGCCUGGGCUGGCCGAGCAUCCUCCGACUUGGAACUGUCCACCGGCGAGAGCUCCUGAACAUGAGCCUCCUGCCUCUCUACCUGCUCGGAUUGCUCCUCAGUAGCGGGCAAGCUUUACUUCAAGUAACAAUUUCACUUAGCAAAGUUGAGCUCAGUGUGGGUGAAUCCAAGUUCUUCACAUGCACAGCCAUUGGUGAGCCUGAGAACAUAGACUGGUACAACCCCCAAGGAGAGAAGAUUGUUUCCAGUCAGAGGGUGGUGGUUCAGAAGGAAGGUGUCCGCUCACGCCUUACCAUUUAUAACGCAAACAUAGAGGAUGCUGGAAUAUACCGGUGCCAGGCAACAGAUGCUAAAGGACAAACUCAAGAAGCUACUGUAGUUUUGGAGAUUUAUCAAAAGCUCACUUUCCGGGACAUAGUGUCUCCACAAGAGUUCAGGCAGGGAGAGGAUGCAGAAGUUGUGUGCAGAGUCACGAGUUCACCUGCUCCCAUUGUCAGCUGGUUGUAUCGGAAUGAGGAAGUCACAGCUAUUGCUGACAAUCGAUUUGCCAUAUUAGCAAACAAUAAUCUCCAAAUUCUUAAGAUCAAUAAAAGUGAUGAAGGAGUUUACAGAUGUGAAGGAAGAGUGGAAGCAAGAGGAGAAAUUGACUUUCGGGACAUAAUUGUUAUUGUGAAUGUCCCCCCUGCAAUCAUUCUGCUACAGAAAUCCUUCAAUGCCACGGCAGAUCGAGGAGAGGCAAUAACUCUGUUCUGCAGAGCCACUGGGUCACCUCCACCUGAGAUCUCUUGGUACAGGAAUGGUAAACUUAUUGAAGAAAAUGAAAAAUAUGUCCUGAGAGGAAGCAAUACACAACUAACCAUAAGAGAUAUAAAAAAUAUUGAUGCGGGUCCUUAUAUCUGUAAUGCUAAAAACAAAGCAGGAAAUGACAAAAAACAGACAGUGCUUCAAGUUUUUGUGCAGCCUCAAAUAAUACAACUUAAAAAUGAAACCACAUUUGAGAAUGGGAAAGCAACCCUCAUCUGUGAAGCAGAAGGAGAACCUGUUCCAGAGAUUACUUGGAAAAGGGCCAUUGAUGGAAUGACAUUCUCUGAAGGUGACAAGAGCCCAGAUGGCCGUAUAGAAGUCAAGGGGCAGCAUGGGAAGUCGUCACUGCAUAUUAAAGAUGUGAAGUUGUCAGAUUCAGGGAGAUAUGACUGUGAAGCGGCAAGUAGAAUUGGUGGGCACCAAAAGAGCAUGUACCUUGAUAUUGAAUAUGCUCCAACAUUCCUGUCAAAUCAAACCAUGUAUUACUCUUGGGAAGGCAAUCCCAUCAACAUAAGCUGUGAAGUGCUGGCAAAUCCGUCUGCCUCAGUUCAGUGGAAAAGAGGAAAAUUAGUUUUACCUGUAAAAAAUGCAACUCAUUUGAAGACCUACAGUACAGGAAGAAAGCUGAUUCUGGAGAUUGCUCCCACAUCUGACAGUGAUUUUGGACGGUAUAAUUGCACAGCCACAAACAGAAUAGGAACAAGAUAUCAAGAGUAUACACUUGGUCAAGCUGAUGUGCCAUCAAAUCCCUAUGGAGUACGAGUUUUAGAGCUGUCCCAAACCAGUGCCAAGGUUUCCUUCAAUAAGCCAGACUCCCAUGGAGGUGUGCCCAUUCACCACUACCAAGUGGAUGUGAAAGAGGUAGCCUCGGAAACCUGGAAAAUAGUUCGCUCCCAUGGAGUUCAAACUAUGGUUGUUCUGAGCAAUUUGGAACCAAAUACGACCUAUGAAAUCAAAGUAGCUGCUGUAAAUGGAAAAGGGCAAGGAGAGUACAGCAAAAUUGAGAUCUUUCAGACCUUACCUGUCCGGGAGCCAAGCCCCCCUUCAAUUCAUGGACAACCAGAGAGUGGCAAGAGUUUUAAACUUAGCAUAACUAAGCAAGAUGAUGGAGGUGCCCCCAUACUGGAAUAUAUUGUCAAAUACAGAAGUAAAGAUAAGGAAGACCAGUGGCUAGAGAAAAAAGUACAGGGUAGUAGAGACCACAUCAUCUUAGAGCAUCUUCAAUGGACCAUGGGUUACGAAGUACAAAUUACAGCUGCCAACAGACUGGGUUAUUCUGAACCAACAUUGUAUGAAUUUAGCAUGCCACCAAAGCCCAACAUUAUUACAGACACUCUUUUUAAUGGUCUUGGACUUGGUGCUGUCAUUGGCCUGGGAGUGGCAGCCCUUUUGUUAAUCCUGGUUGUGACUGAUGUUAGCUGCUUCUUUGUACGACAAUGUGGAUUGCUCAUGUGCAUCACCAGGAGAAUCUGUGGGAAGAAGAGUGGUUCAAGUGGAAAAAGUAAAGAACUGGAAGAAGGAAAAGCUGCUUACUUGAAAGAUGGAUCAAAAGAGCCAAUAGUGGAAAUGAGAACAGAGGAUGAAAGAAUUACCAGCCAUGAAGAUGGGAGUCCAGUAAAUGAGCCAAAUGAGACAACUCCCCUCACAGAGCCAGAGAAGCUGCCACUAAAAGAGGAAAAUGGCAAAGAAGCUUUAAAUCCAGAAACCAUAGAAAUCAAAGUUGCUAAUGACAUCAUCCAGUCAAAAGAAGAUGAUAGCAAAGCAUAAUGAGAUAAACUACAGCUGUCUGGAUAAUGCAGUUGGAUUGAAGUAAUCCUGUGACCAAAACUUUACAGCUGACCUUAAUUUCUUGGGAAACUUAAGCUUGGAAUAGUUAGUACAUGUGUACAUAUGAUGAAAGAGUUCCUGUCUACAGUUCUUUUCUAUAUUUUUUCUUUUGUUUGGUUGGUAAUGGUUUUAGCAUGUAGUUUUUCUGACACCAAGUCCCAUGCUAUAAAUUUGAAAAAUCUGCAGUAUAAGAACUAUAAUUUAUUAUAUGGAAAAGUGUGUCUAGUUAGAAGAAAAAUUCUGAAGCACCCCUAACCACAAACAACACCUCAGGCCUCUCCAGUUCUUACAGUGCAAGCUACAUACAUAAAGUGCCAUAUGAUAAUGUAUUUAUUUCCAUUUAUAAUAAAAUGAAAAUUCAGGUUGCCUUUAAGAAAAAAACAAAGCAACUAAACCAGUCUCAGUAUAAUGUUUAAGAACUUAGCUCUGGCUGACACUGAAUAGCCAUUCCAUCUGUGAUUAUCUCUUGAGGCAAUCAAAAAAACAAAACUCUUCAUCACAGAGCCAGGUCCCACUGCAGUUUCUCCUGGGUUCUUCAAUAAAUACAUUUUUAAAAAGGUAGUACUCACAAUAUGCAAACCCAAAAGGUGGCUAAAUAUUUCAACAGUCUAUUGGCCUCAUCCUAACUACAAGAGUGUGACUCUGAAAGGCUCUAGGAUUUUCAGUGUUUCAGGUUUUCUCUAUGAAAGUUUUGAAAGUUCCAAGUGAACUAAAAUGCAGUCAAGGUAUAAAAAUAAAUAUGUUUUUUAAUCAUAAUCUUGUCUUCAAAUUAAAACUUAGUAUAUUUGUCCCAACAUAUAUAUACAUACAUACAGGGAAUUCAUUUUUGUCUUAGUUCAAACCAUUUAGCUAAGGGAUGAAAUUGUUCUUUAGUGAAGUAAAUACAUUUUCUCCCCAAAUCAAUAUAUAAAUAUUAAACUUGGCCUUUUUGAAUCAGCACUUUUCCCUUUAUGAUUUCAUACCCUUUGUCUAAGUACAAUGUGAGAAGAGAUGGAAAGGUGACUUUGUCUAAGCAGUUUGGAACAAUUUUAAAUUAUUGACUAAUUCAACCUUAUAUUUAACCAAAUACAUUUUUUUUCAUGUCAAGCUUUCUUUAAGAAAUUAUUUUAUUAUUCUGAUCAACAUUCCCCACCAGGAAAUUAAACUGAUUUAUUUGAUCUGAAAUUCAUUCAUAUGAAUUAUUAAUUGAUUUAGUGGUGUCACUAAGUGGAGCAAUAUAAUUUGUUUCCAUUCCAGCAUAGUGUAUUCACAGCUACCAAACUCUUCAAAGCCUUGCUUUGAAAGAAGUAGAUAAACUUCUAUAGAAAACUAGACUGGAAAAUUCUGUUUGUCAGGAGCAACUGGUAGAGUCAGUUGUGAAUUUUACACAUCUAAGUCAUGCAUGAGUCUUAAGUGUACUUUUGCUCAUCAAGUUGUGUUUUCUUCAUCUGAAUUUUGAUCAUAUUUGAAGUCUUUGUACUUUUUUACUUUUGUACAGUAAAAAUGAAAGCGAAAUGUAAAGGGAUCUUCUUAAAUUUGGGGAAAAUAUCAUAAUAACCUUCUUGUUAACCCAAGUUUAAGUGCAUUUGAAAGAGCUGAGGAGAAUAUAUUUAUAUUUAAUUCUUAGAUAUUUCUUAUUUUUCAAAACCAGGUUAUUUUAUGAGUUUUUUAAAACUUUUCCUCACUUAGAGAACAAGCUAAAAUGAACCAAGGAGUUGAGGACAGAGGCAUACUGCUGGUGUGGCUAGGAUAGGAGGCCAAGUUCCCACAAAAUCAGUACCAAAGUGAAAAAAAUGGGUAAGAGAAGAUGGCAAUAUGGGAUGAAAGUCAUGGAAGAUAACAAUUGAAAACUGUUGAAAAGCAAUAUCUCCAAAUGCUGAGGCACUAAUUCUGGGUGAAGGAAAGACAAAGACAUUCCUUUA